GUGAGGCUCUGCGAAGUGCGCUGUUGGCGGCAUCUCUGGAGGAAGACGACCGGAAGCUGCUUGAGCCGGAAUGACGGACACGCCCCAUCGCGCCCUGCUAUUGCUUGAGAUGGGGUCUUGGGAGCUGCCUGGCCUCGUGGGCCUCGAACCGCGAUCCUCCCGAUCUCUGCCUCCCCAGUAGCCGGACACAGCCAGGCUUUUUUUUUUUUUUUUAUAAUAACGAUUUGGUGGCCCUCAUGAAUGUGUUUUAUUAAAGAGCACAAGUGUCAAAACGGGAUCAAAAUAAAACAAUGCAGAGAAUGCCCUCAGAUUGUCAGAUGUCUCGUGGAUCCUUAAUCUGCAGGAGCUGUCAUUGUCACCUUGGCGACCUUAAAUCGUGGGCCAUUCAGCACCUGUUGAGCAUAACAGGUGGGCAGUUCUGAAGCCUGAAGCCUGAUUUUGAGUCUUGGGAGCUUGGUGAAUGCUAAUUGAGGUACAUAUUUGAUUUAUUUGAUUCUUUGUAAAAACAAAAACAAAAGGUUUUCUUUAAUGAUUCCCAUUUUCUUACUAGGAAGGGAAGGGGAAAGAGGCUGGUUAGCCACAUGGUGGCUUGGGUUUGUUUGGAUCCAUUAGUUUGAGUUUCAAAAAAGCUUGUUCUAUACUGUAUUUUAAGCCAUUUUAUCUUUGGAAAAAAUAAGAUUUUAUUGUUAGAUUUUUGUUACUGUUGCAGUUCCCUAAGAAAUACUCUAAAUGUUUUUGCACCAAGCAUGGCAGCUACAACUACCAUUCAGUUCAUUCACUCCCAAAUAUGUGACAUUUACCUGUAUUUUCCUUUUAAAAACACAUUCGUCUUAUUUGUGGUCUAAUACUUGUUUUCUCUCCCCACCCCCAGGAGGAAUCAUAGAUUCUAAACAAUUAUUUCCUUCUGUAUGGACUUAAUGUAAAAAUUAGUUUUGUUUCUAUUUAGAUUUUUUUUCUAAAAAUCAGCACUACAAAUCUGUAGCAGAUACAAAACACUGAUAAUUGAGCCAUGAAUUGUGGAAAUGAGUUUGUGGAAACAUUAAAAACCAUUGGUUAUCCCAAAGCCGAUACUCUUAAUGGAGAAGACUUUGACUGGCUGUUUGAGACUGUUGAAGAUGAAUCAUUUUUGAAAUGGUUUUGCGGGACUGUGAAUGAACAGAAUAUAUUGUCUGAAAAAGAAUUGGAAGCUUUUAGUAUUCUUCAAAGAUCAGGCAAGCCUAUCCUAGAAGGGUCAGCUUUGGAUGAAGUUCUUAAAACUUGUAAAGCUUUUGAUUUGAAGACACCUAGACUGGAUGACCAAGAGCUAGAGAAAUUAAAGGAUGAGGUUCAAACUCUGCAGAAAUUAAAGAAUCUAAAAAUUCAGCGACGUAAUAAAUGCCAGUUGAUGGCUUCGGUAACUAGCCACAAAUCUCUGAGGUUAAAUGCUAAACAGGAAGAGGCCACUAAAAAGCUGAAGCAGAGCCAAGGAAUUCUAAAUGCCAUGAACACUAAGCUCAAUAAUGAACUUAAGGCUAUUACUGAUGGAGUUGAUAAAUUGAUGGUAUUCUUCAGACAUUCUAAUUCAGGUGAAGGGACAAAUCCAAUGGUAUUUUUAUCUCAACUUUCCUUGGAAAAAUAUCUAAGCCAAGAAGAGAAAAGCACAGCAGCAUUAACCUUGUAUUCCAAAAAGCACUUUUUUCAGGGUAUACAUGAAGUUGUUGAAAGUUCAAAUGAAGAAAACUUUCAACUUUUAGAUAUACAAGCACCAUCUAUUUGUGAUAAUCAAGAAAUUCUUGAGGAGAGACGACUAGAGAUGGCUAGGCUGCAGCUAGCAUAUAUCUGUGCUCAGCAUCAGUUAAUUCAUUUGAAGGCAACUAAUUCAAGCAUGAAGUCAAGUAUACAAUGGACGGAAGAGAAUCUUCGUGGCCUAACCAGCAAGGCAAUUGACAAAGAAAAUUUGGAUGCUAAAAUUUCUAGCUUGAACAGUGAGAUUCUGAAACUUGAAGAACAGAUCACUCAUAUGAAAGACAAAAGUUUGCCUGCUGUGGUAAAAGAGAAUGCCCAGCUAUUGAAUAUGCCAGUUGUAAAAGGAGAUUUUGAUCUUCAGAUUGCUAAACAAGAUUACUAUACAGAAAGACAAGAGUUAGUUUUAAAUCAAUUGAUAAAGCAAAAGGCAUCAUUUGAACUUGUACAGUUGUCAUAUGAAAUUGAAUUGAGGAAACAUUGGGACAUAUACUGGCAGCUUGAAAAUUUGGUUCAAGAACUUAGUCAAAGGAACACAGUGCUCUGCCAGCGAUUAGAAAUGUUAGCUGAUCCAUCAGUAUGUCAGCAGAUAAAUCCAAGGAAUACCAUUGAUACCAAAGAUUAUUCUACUCAUCGGCUUUAUCAACUUUUAGCAGGAGACAGUAAGAAAAAAGAAUUGUUUAUAACUCUUGGAAACUUGGAGGAAGUGGCUGAGAAAUUGAAGCGGGAUGUUUCUCUAGAACAAGAUCAGUUGGCAGUAUCUGCUCAGGAACAUUUUUCCUUUCUGUCCAAAGUGAAUAAGGAUGUGGACAUGCUUUGUGAUGCUUUGUAUCAAGGAGGGAAUCAGCUCUUGCUUAGUGAUCAGGAAUUAACAGACCACUUUUAUCAAGUUGAAUCUCAAUUAAAUAAGCUCAAUCAUCUUCUUGCUGAUAUUCUUGCUGAUGUGAAGACAAAAAGACAAAUUUUGGCAUCUAAUAAAUUGCAUCAAAUGGAAAGAGAAUUAUAUGUAUAUUUUUUAAAGAAUGGAGACUAUCUAAAAGAUGUUGUGGAAAAUUUAGAAAGUCAAUCAAAGAUGAAGGCUGUUGGUCUUAAAGAUUAAAAUUUAUUGAAAACUGAGUCUACAUGCUAUGUUUUAAUGUUUUAUGUGUUAGAGGGAGACUGUCUAAUAAACAUGAAUUUUUAAAUUU